AUGAUUGACCGUUUCUCACGAUGGCCAGAAGCAGUACCACUCACUAAUAUCACGGCCGAUACGAUAGCCAUGGCGUUCUGGACACACUGGAUAUCCGUUUUGGAUCACCCAAAACAAUCACUACUGAUCAAGGCGCGCAGUUUGAAUCUGCAAGAGGUGGCACAGAUCCUUCAAAUCGUCCUUGAUGUGCAGCAGUGGCACGCCGUGGCCUCAACUAUUACCAACUGUGCUACUUGGCCUUCGUACCUGCUUCAAAGAAGACAUAAAUCAUCUGCAGCUGAAAUGUUAUACGGAGUACCAAUUCGACUGCCAAACGAAUUCUUCGCCAACAUGGAUGAAACUGUGGAUCCUACGACAUUCCUGAGCAGUUUUCGAGAGCACAUGCAGAAAAUUCGACCAACUCCCACAUCGCACCAUAUUAAAGAAAAAAUGUUCCUACUGAAGGAAUUGACAAUGCAUACUAGAUUAAGCGAUACGGUAACCCAGUAA